AACGUCUUCAUGAUUUAUGUUCCCUCUCUUUGGGGAGGAAGGCUUUAAAAGAGACGUUUCUGUUUCAGGGGUUAGUUACAACACCACCAUGAUGUCGGAGAAACAAAUGCUUCUAGGGACUACUGUUUUUUUUAUUGCCCUCAUUUCACAUGGUGAGGGUAUAAUCGGUGGCAGAGAGGCAGUGUCACACUCUCGACCCUAUAUGGCCUCCAUUCAGGUACCACAGGAGGGAGGCAGGCUGAAGCAUGAAUGUGGAGGAUUUGUAAUCGCAGAUCAGUGGGUGAUGACUGCAGUCCACUGUAUGCCAAACGGAGCAAAUGGAAGAAAGGUAGUGCUGGGUCUCCAUUCUUUGAGUGAAGCUGAAGAUACGAAGCAAACAUUUGACAUUUUGGAGCUGCACAAUCAUCCUGACUUCAGCAUAGACAAUUAUGAUAAUGACAUUGCUCUGAUCAAGUUGGAUCGGCCGUUUAUUGCCUCUGACGCUGUUAGAGCUGUAGAAUUCCUGCGAACAGGAGGAACAAACCCCGACCCGGGCACAGUGGUUGAAACCGCUGGUUGGGGUUCACUUGACAAUCUGGGGUCAAGGCCAGAUAAGCUCAAUGAGGUGUCCAUUGAGGUGAUCAGCCCAGCGAAAUGCAGGCGCACUGACUACUUUGGAAGAAAGUUUACCAAUAACAUGAUAUGUGCCCAUAAAGUGUGCCGAGACAGCUGUGGUCACUCUCAUGGAGUGGAAGACAGCUGCGAUGGGGAUUCUGGAGGUCCUCUGCUUUUUAAUGGCACUGCUGUUGGUAUUACCUCCAAUGGAGGGAAAAAGUGUGGCCAACUAAAAAAGCCUGGCGUUUACACCAUCAUCUCCCACUACACUCAGUGGAUAGAUGAAACGAUGGCCACUCAGACAACUGCAGCUCCAGAGCAAAGCAGUUAAAGGCAGGCUUCACAUAUACGAGCAAGUUACAGUAUAAACAAUAAAUGUUUCCUUUUUUAAUUCAGUCACACAUUAUAGCGCAUGCUGCAAACUCAUGUAUGAUCGGAUAGAUUUCACACCUGUAUCUCACCUUCUUUUAAACCAAAGAAUUAAAUACCAGUUUUGUUAUUAUUC